AUGCGCUGGGUCUGGGCGGCCGCCGCAGCCCUCCUCUGGCCGCAGCUCACGCUCCUUGGGGGCGUGAGGGCCCGGCGGGAGCCCAAGAGGCCACGGAAGCCCGGCCAGCACCCCACAGCCCCCAACGCCACCACGUCCAGCAGCGAGGGGCUACUGGGCUUCCCCAAGCUGCCUGAGGCCUCAGGGCCUGAGUUCACAGAUGCCCACAUGACAUGGCUGAACUUCGUCCGGCGCCCCGAUGACGGGGCGUCAAAGAAACGGUGCCGAGGCCAGGACAAGAAGUCGCGAGGCGCCCCCGGCCCCCCAGGGCCCCCCGGUGCGGAAGUGACCCAGGAGGCUAUGCUCCGGGAGUUUCAGGGGAUGCUGAAGGAGGCUACCGAGCGCCGGUCCUCAGCGCCGCUGGGCCCCCCGCUGCCCGAGGGGACGGGGAGGUGGCAGGUGUCCGAGGCCUUCCACUGUCGGCUGAAGGGCCCGGUGCUGGUGGACAAGAGGACACUGGUGGAGCUGCAGGGCUUCCAGGCCCCCGCUGCCCAGGGCGCCUUCCUGCGGGGGUCUGGCCUGAGCCUGGCGUCCGGUCGGUUCACGGCCCCGGUCACCGCCAUCUUCCAGUUCCUCGCCAGCCUGCACGUGGACCCCAGGGAGCUGCAGGGCAGGGCCCGGCUGCGGGCCCGGGACACAGUGCGUGUGCUGGUCUGCAUCGAGUCCCUGUGCCAUCGCCACACGUCCCUGGAGGCCAUCUCCGGCCUGGAGAGCGGCGGCAGGGUCUUCACGGUGCACGUGCAGGGGCUGCUGCAGCUGCAGGCGGGACAGUACACCUCCGUCUUUGUGGACAAUGGCUCCGGCGCAGCCCUCACCGUCCAGGGCAGCUCCAGCUUCUCCGGCCUGCUCCUGGGCACGUGA